GGCCUGGCACCCCGAGCACUCGGACACGUCCCUGGCGGCCUCCGCGAAGAACGAGCUGCUGGCGGCGGAGAAGGCUUUCGACACCUCGGACGGCGGGGACGGCGGCGCGGCGCCCGAGUCCUUCCUGCAGCUCGCGAGGGGCUCGGCGGGCACGCGCGAGCGGCCUCUGGAGGCCUUCGACGGCCCUGGCGGCGCUGACUUCGGCCGCGCUGCUCCCGAAGCCUUCCUCCCGCGCCUCCUUGCCCGUGCCCGGCUGGCGACGUUCGCGGGGGCCUCCGACGACGCGGGCGACGACGACGGCGAGGGCGCCGAGCCCGAGUCCUUCCUGCAGCUGGCGGGCUUCGACGACGCGGACGACGGCGACGGCGACGGCGGCGCCGCGCCCGAGUCCUUCUUGCAGCUCCCGGGCGGCCCGGAGGUCGUGCUGCCACCUCAGCCGGCGCUGCCGCCAAUGCCCACCUCGCUCAUAGAGGAGCCGGCGGCACUGCUGACCGUUCCGGCGCUGGCGCCGCUAUUGCCUUCGCCCGCGGCUCCGGCCGACGCCGCAGCUGGGGCGACGGCGGAGAAGGCUGACGCGGUGGGCGCGGCCAGCCUGCUGCUGGAGCAGUACGCCCACAGCCUCGGCAGCGGGUCGCUGCUGCAGCUGGCGCGGGCGAGGCCCAGUCUCUCGGGCCUGAAGGCUCUGUGGAAGCGCCUCUCCGCAACGGACUCCACGGCGUCGGCGGGCCACGACGCCGAGACGUCGGCAUGGUGCCGGGACUUCGAGCGGCAGACCGAGGCCACGGCGCGGGCGGCGGCCAGGGCGCGGGGCCAGGCCAAGACGGGCUUGGCCGCGGCGAAUGCGGAGCGCAAGGCCCUGGAGCAGGAGGCGGCCAUCCGCAAGCACCUGCUCGACGAGCUGCGGCUUGGCUCGAAGAGCCUGACGGGGCUCCUCGGCAGCGUCAAGAGGCGCGGGGCCUCUACCGCCGCCCUGUUCAAGGCGAUCCAGGACCAGGUCCAGAAGCUCCUCGCGCAGAACGCGGGCGACGACGACGCCGACGUGUCGGCAAAGGUGGCGGCGGCGCAGGAGGCCCUCGGCCGCGCGGAGGGCCUCAGCACCUCGGGCGACGCCGAGGUGCAGGACAUCAUAUCUGCGGCUCUGGCCCGGAGGGCCGAGGUGGAGCGCGCGGCGCAGGCGGGCGUUGCCCAGCUGCAGGCGCACAUGCGCUCGGCGGAGCGGCGGCGGGCGGAGCUCCGCCGCGCCGCGGCCCCGCCCGCGACGGACGCCGAGG